AUGUCGGACGUGCCCGUAGCUACAAAAGCGCAAAUUGUUGCUAUUUUCAAGAAACUAAGCUCCAUCCCUAGCAAUAAGAUUUGCUUUGACUGUAAUUCCAAAAAUGCCACUUGGUCAUCUGUCACGUAUGGAAUAUUUCUAUGCCUUGACUGUUCGGCAAUUCAUCGUUCAUUAGGUGUUCAUAUCAGUUUUGUUAGAUCAACCUUACUUGAUCAAUGGAAUUGGUUACAGUUAAGACAAAUGCAAGUUGGAGGAAACGCUAAUGCUAGAGAAUUUUUUCAAUCGCAUGGUCUAACAGUUACGGAUGCUUCGGCAAAGUACCAGAGUCGAGUAGCAAGAAUGUACCGUGAAAAACUUGCAAGCCUUGCUGCUGUGACCCUGAAACAAUAUGGUACUAGCACGAAUAUUACUAGUCCAAGCCCAACUACAAAAGAGGGUGAUUUCUUUAAAGAUGUAUCGUCAGUAGUAAGCGCUCCUGCAGCUUUUCCAUUCCUUGCGGAUGCAGAAGAAAAAAAGGACUUUCCACGAGUGACUACGGAUCAUUUAUCCAAUAGGUAUCAGCAACCGAAGAGAGAACAACCUGCGGUUGAUACCUUAAAAGUUAACGAAAAUCCUGAACCUGAUACUGUAAAGGUUGCUACUGUUAGAGUCGAUGGAGUUGAAUCGGGAACAAGGAAGCAAGCAUCCACUAUUGGUAAGAGAAAGCCCAUCACGGGCAAGAAAAAAGGCGCAAGUAGCAAGCAGGGACUAGGCGCUAGAAAAAUUACAACAGAUUUUAGUAUUGUUGAAAGUGCUGCUGCUCAGGAUGAAGAAAUAUUAAGAAAAGAAAGAGAAUCUGGCUUAGUUGCCGAACAAGAAUUAAAUGAUAUCGAGAAUCGAACUCCUACUAGGUUUGUAUAUCAAGAGAAAAAAGCAGGUAUGACUAAAUUACGUGAAACUGAUCCAAAGAAAGCUGAGCAAAUGGAAAGACUUGGCAUGGCAAUGGGUGGUCGAUUACCUGCUAGUGCUCAAAGUCAUUCUGUUGCUGCCAGCAUGGUUGAAAUUGAUCAGGAAGAUCCAGCUGGUAGCAUCUCAACUAAAAGUAAAUUUGCAAAUCAACCCACAAGUUUUGAUACGGACUUUUUUGGCAACUUUGAAAGCACUCAACCUUCCAGAUAUGACAGUCCUUUUUCCGAUAUGAAUGAUUGGAAAAGUUCGAGGAAAAGUGAGAAAGGGUAUUUCGAAGUAGAUGAACGAGAAGCGGCUGCAGCACCAUCCGUAAAGUCAUCAGCUAUGUCACUAUCGUCCAGAUCUAGAGAUAUAUCCGCUCGCUACCCUAAAAAAGAUAUUUUUUUAAAGGCGGAAACAACGAGAAGCACGGAACAUUUCCAUGGUGCUACUGCAAUUUCAAGUGAUGAUUUCUUUGGCUCAAGUGGUAAUAAGAAAAGUCAGGUCGAUGCCCCAUCAAUUGAUCUCGACCAGAUUAAGGAGGGUGUGUCUCGCGUUACCAACAAACUAUCAAACAUGGCAAGCGGAGUUUUAGGGUCUCUACAGUGCGAACGACGUAUUACCAGUGUAUCUGUUGCCGCAAAAUCCGAGGGAAAACAUAUCGUUAUACAAAAUUUUGUAGAUGUUAGUCAUCAAUCAAUAGCAUGCAUUAGUUACUUUGAGACGCCAUUUAAAUUGCUACCAGGUAUUUCGAACAUAAUAAUGCCAGAGUUGAAUUGUUAAGUACAUAGUCUUAUUACAAUGUGAACUAUUAAGUGUGAAUUAACAAUUAUUAAUGUUAUUUACUGUAUUAAAAUACUGAUGUAU